GGUGGCAAGGAGAAGUGUGUUUCGAUGAUAUUCGUACUCGUACUCUUCCAGUGCCCACUGCAAUACGUUGAUGUUCAAAUGUCACUGUGCCGAUGACCGUUGACUAUUGGCCUACCUGUGUUCUCAAUACCCAAAAAUAGCUGACUACACACACGCAUCCUAAGCAGCCACAAAGAUGUAAUGUGUGUUUGACCAAAAGGAAAACUUUCCAUAGACUCAAUUGAGGGUUCUUAUCACUUGUUUGUUGUUAAAACAAACACAAAAACACACAGUUUUCGACAAACUCUCAAAUUUGGGCGCAUACUUAAGGUUAUGUAGCUGUCACAUUAAGGCUGUCUUCAUCAAUACACUACAGGCGCUUUCCGUUACAAGACGUUAUUAUAUCGCAGAGAAUAAGUGAAAUUGAAGAAUUAAAAAUAAAAACAAUACAAAAAUCAACGAAUAUGAAAAUUUCGCCAAGUUUUGUCAAUACAAAAUGGAAAAUAACAAAGCUGAUGCUGCUUUUAAGAUUCCUACUGAUAUUUGGGGUGAUCUUAGUAUUUUAUUUACGACUCCUUAUCAUUGGAACUCCCACAGAUCUAAUUCAAAAUAAAGCCAAAGAGAACGAUUGGACUUCCCAUCAUCAUUUUAAACGAAGUAUAUUAUCCGUUAAAUGGCAUGAAGAAGAAAAAACCGCAAAUUGUUCUCGUGCUUCGAUUUUGGAGUUUCCCCCUGACGGCUUGGAUAAAAGUCAACGCCUUCAUGGAUGGAUUGUUCUUCACAUUGGGUUGGUAUUCUAUGGAUUUUGGUUUUUGGCAGCGAUUUGUGAUGACUACAUGGUGCCAGCCAUAGAACAGAUAUGUUCAAAUCUAAAAAUUGAUCGAGAUGUAAUUGGGGCUACUAUCAUGGCGGCUGCUGUUUCAAGUCCUGAGCUAUUUAUGAACUUCGUGGGCACGUUCAUUACGAAGGGAGAUAUAGGCGUGAGUGCCAUUGUGGGUUCGGCUGUAUUUAAUAUGCUGGCAGUUCCAGCUUGUUGUGGUCUAUUCGCAAUGCAGUGCCUUAAAUUGGAUUGGUGGCCCAUUACACGCGACUGCCUGAUAUUCCUGGCAGCUAUUUUUACUUUUUUGGGUAUCCUUAGAGAUGGAAAGGUAAUGUGGUAUGAAGCUGCUGGAUUGGUAUCGGCUUAUUUCCUCUACAUGUUGAUUAUGUACUUUAAUCGGAAAAUGGCCAAAACAGCCAGACGUCUUUUGCAAAGUUGUAGUCCUACUCCUAGGGGAGAGUACCGCGAGGUCUCGGAACUUAGCUCGCUUUUACCAAAAAAUCGCAAUGAGUCCGCAUUCAGCUUGGCCAAUGAAGCCUAUUUGUGUUUGGAAAGAGGCUUACAUUCCUCCCACAUGUUGUUGUAUUUGGAACAUAAAGAAAAACAAGCAUCCAUCAGAUCUCCAUGGUCCUCUCAAGGUCAUUCUAAAAUCGAAUUCAUAUUCCAUUGGCCCAUUACUUUUGUUCUUUGGCUAACCAUUCCCAAUUGUCGGCGAAGGAGUUCUUUUAAAUAUCUGACCUUUUCAUUGGCCAUUGUAUGGACUGCUAUAAUCUCAUAUCUGGUGGCUUUUGGCAUAACCAUCAUAGGUGAUACCUUGAACAUACCCGACUCUGUGAUGGGUUUAACUGUGAUAGCUGCAGGUAUGAGCAUACCAGAAGCUGUCUGCAGUAUAAUAGUCACACGCCAAGGACAAGCCUCCACGGGUCUUAGUAACUCUUUGGGCUCCAACACAUUCGACAUUUUACUUAGCCUAGGUCUGCCUUGGUUCAUAAAGGCCUACUUUCUUCCCGAUAAUCCAGAGCAGCACUGGGUCUCUUUGAAUUCCAAUGGCCUCACUUUUGCUGGCAUAUCGCUGCUAACUUCUUUGCUGGGCCUUUAUGUGAUAUUUGCUUGUCAAGGCUUUACUUUGAAUCGCAAAGUGGGUUUCUCUUGUUUGGCUUUGUACAUAGCCCUGAUGACCUUUAGCAUUCUGGUGCAGCUGAAUAUCUUCUUUCCUGUUAAUCUGCCCAUUUGUGCACAUUAGUCAGUUAACUCUUUAGGACAUAGUGGAUUAGAUAAGAGCGUUAAGUUAGAGUAGUUCAUUAAAUAAUCGGCGUAGUAGGUGGUUCCUAUUAA